AUGUCGUCCGCCGAACAGAAGCCUACCAUAGGCAAGAACCAGGCGCUGCAGGAUUACUAUGAGGGCUUCGAAUCCAGGAUCGGAUACAGGCUGAUGCUGGGAGGAACUCGACACUUCGGGUACUACAAGCAUGGAACACAUUGGCCAUUUCCCAUCGGGAAGGCUCUGCGCGCUAUGGAGGACAAGUUAAUCAGCAACCUGGGAUUGGAGAAAGGCUCGAAGGUCUUGGACGCAGGCUGUGGUGUUGGACAUGUCGCAAUUCACUUAGCCAAGAAUGGCUAUCGUGUACAGGCAAUCGACUUUGUGGACCAUCAUAUCGUCAAGGCGCGCCGGAAUAUCAAAGGUUUCGGGGUAGAGGGAAAGGUUUCUGCCAGCAAAGGGGAUUACCACCACCUGGAGAACUUCGCAGACAACAGUUUUGACGGCGCAUAUACGAUGGAGACGUUCGUACAUGCGACGGAGCCAGAAAAAGCUGCAGCUGAAUUCUUUCGAGUCAUUCGCCCUGGAGGAUCCCUCGCCAUGUUUGAAUACGACCAUGUCGACUUCAGCACGAGACCAGAAGCUGUUGGCAAGUCCUGGACGGCGAUCAACAAGUACUCGGCAAUGCCCGCAUACGAUCGAUUCAAACAGGGUGUACUAAAAGAUAUCUUGGAACAGGCUGGCUUUGUGGAUGUGAUUGUGGAAGACAUAUCGGAUAAUGUGCUGCCCAUGUUACGGAUGUUUUAUGUACUGGCUUUCAUCCCGUAUAUGAUCAUCGCAUCUCUGGGUUUAAAGCACAAGUUCAUCAAUACAGUUGCCGGGUACGAGGGUUAUGUCUACAGGGAUGCAGCCAGAUAUAUCACGGUAUCUGCUAGGAAACCUUCAACGCCAGGGGAUAAGGCAUCGAGUGAGAGGAAGAAAGUCAGAUGA